UCAAACCGAAAAUCGAAACACAGAUCCCGUCUACCGGCCCGUUCCCCUUUGCGGCGGCGCAUCGCCAUCGAUCCAGGCCGCCGCACGCCUCAUCCCGCCUUCCUCCGUAGCUAGCGGCGGCGCACUUCGGCAGGUCCCUCCCAUCUCGCCUCACCCCGGCCGCAUUCCUCGCGCUGCUCGACUCCAGCCUCAUCUCGCCUCAUCCCGUCAUCCGUAAGGUCACAGCGGCGCGGCAGCGUGGAGCCGUGGAGGGCAAAGGCCAAAGGGUGAUCACGACAGGGCGGCUCGACUCCCGACCAGCACCCGGGUCUACUAGAAGAAGCAAGCAAGGGGCGGCGACCACAGCACCAAGCAGUACCUCGUCAUCAACGGAUCCUUCUCUUCAGUAUCAAUCCGAAGGUUUGUUUCGAAAAUAAGAUUAAGUGAGCUUUAACUGAAAAAACAAAAGGUGGAUAUCCCCGUCAAACGUGGAAAGAAGAAGCAAAGGCGAACAAUGGUGUUACCGAAGACUUCAUUGCUUGAUUUGACUGUUACCAAAAGAGGUGCUCUGGCUUGCACAUUGUAUGAAUCCUAUAUCCUGGGAAAAGAAGUUGUCCAAACUGUCACUGUAGCAGGUUCUACAGCUAAUCAUUCUGAACUCCACAUGCAAUCAGCGCUUGCCAAAGGAGUUAUCAACUCAGUCUUGUUGUUUUACUCAUCAACGCACUUUGCUGGGUGGAGUUUCUGUGGGAAGCUCAAACCAUCAGAUUUCUUUGUCACGCCUUUGGGUUACUUCAAAGUCUUGGCCUCAAAGCUUCAAAAGUUGAAACCCAAGAAUGAAAGGAGGGUUCGGAAAGAUUACCGUGUAGUCUUCCGAAUGCUGAAGUCUCUUUUCUGCAGAGCAUUGCAUCUGCCAAAGGAAGUUCGACACCUGUUGAAGCUUUUGAGAGAAUUCAGAGAGAAAGAUUGUUUAAUUGUGAACAAUCAUCCGUCUGGUAUGAGUGAGCAGGAGAAAUUAUCCCUUCUUGUGAGAUGUUGCCGGAAAUUAGAGCACCUGGAAAAGGAAUAUCCUGAAAAGUACAUGCAAGUAAUAACCGGGCUGCCAUUCUGUGACACGAAACCCCAUUGGAAGAUAAGAGUCAGUAAAAAUCUAUACUUGGAUAAUGUGCUAGCUGAAACAAUUGACACCUACCCGGAUGAUGGGACAGGUGUUGUCGAGUUUGUAUGGAAUUCAUUGGAGUACUUGGGCACAGAGCAAUCUGCCAAUUUGACGACUGGCCAGACAAGAAAAAGGAAGAACUUUGAGGAUGAGCAAGUGGAGCGCAUGCUGGGGAAAGCCCUGCCUGGGUUACUUUGUGAACUUAUGAGGCUGCUCAAUGAUGCGGGAGCACUUGAGAAAAUCCUUGGGGCGUCGCGUCCUAGGUUUGGAGGUUGCUGCAGAACAGAUCACUGGACCUCUUGAAGAUACUGUCUCUCGGACACACCGGUCCUCUUCUGUGCAAAAAUAUUUUUCCAAAAUUCUUAGUAUGACAAAAAAAAAUCCUCCAAAGUUCUUGCAAGCAUAUUUGGAUGUUCUUUACCAUAAUAAAAAAGCUUGAAAACCCAUUGCGAUUUUCAUGCCUCGCAAAGAUAACAAGCAGAAGGGUUGCAAAAAAAGGUUCAUGUCUGUAGAAACUGAGACCAAAAAGGUUCAUGUUUUACAGGGGCGUCGAAGGCUUUGUGUGUGUGUGUGUGUGUGUGUGUGUGUGUGUGUGUGUGUGAUUAACAAAGCAGAUGCGCCAAUAACAUUGCUCAUAAAAUUUCAAUGAUUAGGAUUCAACACUGCUCCAGGGAGGCCAAUGGCUUGGCACACUUCUUAGCUACUCCCUCCGUUCCUAAAUAUAAGUCUUUUAGGCAUUUUAGUAUGAACUACAUAUGGAUAUAUAUAUAUA